CACCGUACUGCGUCAUUCCAACAUGGCGCUGCGCAAGGUGUGCGCCGCUGCUCUACGGACUGGGAAUGAUUUAGGGGUCAAUAAUGUGAGAACGGUGGCUACAACAGCUGUCCUCUGUAGACGUCGCCCUCCUUUAGGCCCACUGCCCAACGAGGACAUCGAUGUCUCAAACCUGGAAUCUCUGACAAAGUACCGCAGCUACAACCAUUAUUUCACUGAAGCCGAGAAGGCGAAGAACCAAAUUGUGUGGUGGAGAACCUACAAGAGCUACGUGGAGAAAGCUGAUCCAGAGCUAGGCGCGACGCAGGUGGACAUCGGGCUGCCUAUCUCCCGACCCUGCAGGACCAAAGAAUUGAAGGAGAGGAGGCAGGUGGUGAAGGACAAUAAGAAGAAUGUUGAGCUGGAGAGGGCGUCUCGACUGCGCACUUUUAAAAUUUCUCUGGAUCAGGUGCAAGAAACCUGGGAGAAGACCAGUGGUCCGCUUCAAGUCAAGAGACUGGCAGAGCACUACGGCAUCUUCAGAGAUCUCUUCCCCAAUGCUUAUUUCAUCCCCCAAGUCACACUCCACAUCAACUACAGCCAGGACAACAGUGCUGGAGUGCAUUAUGGGAACCGACUGACACCUACCGAAGCAGCGUCCGUCCCCCAGAUCAGGUUUGAUGCUGAAGAGGGCUCGCUGUGGACCCUCCUGCUCACCUGUCCAGAUGAGCAUCUUCUGGAUAACGAAGCAGAAUACGUCCACUGGUUAAUAGGGAACAUACCAGGUGGGGCGGUGCAGGCUGGAGAGGAGCUGUGCCACUACCUGCCCCCCUUCCCGGCCAAAGGGACCGGCUUCCACCGCUACGUCUACGUCCUCUUCAAGCAGGACGGACACAUCAACUUCCAGGAGGACAGCAGGCCGUCGCCAUGUCACUCCCUGGUGGAUCGAACCUUUAAGACGGUGGAUUUCUACAGAAAACACCAGGACAGCAUGACGCCCGCCGGCCUGGCCUUCUUCCAGUGCCAGUGGGACGAGUCGGUCACCGAGACCUUCCACAACACUCUCAACAUGAGGGAGCCGGUGUUCGAGUUCAUCAGACCCCCGGUGUACCACCCUCCUCAGGUCAAAUUCCCUCAGGGACAGCCCCUCCGCUAUCUGGACCGAUACAGAGACGGGAAGGAGCACACCUACGGAAUCUAUUGAUUACAUAUAUGUUCUGAUGGUAACAAUAAAUCAUUUUUCUGUGGUG